AUGUUGUCACGGGGCAAAUAUAUAGUCUCUUUGGUAACUACUAAUCGAGCAGAAACACCAGGUCAAGAUCUUUUAACACUUGAUCCAUCAACAUCGGCUUUCAAAGCUCAAAACAACAGAGAAAUAGAUAAAAAUAUUAUGGUAACAGCUACUAAAGGUAGUGAGAUGACAGUGACAGAAGCAUCACAUCAAGAAGGUAUUACAACGAUGUUAAAUAAUGUGGCACAUGGUAGCUUAACACCAAAUAGAGAUAGACGAGGAUUAGCAGCACCGACAAACAAGUGUAAUCGUGAAAUUCUGCAACAACACAUUUCAUCUUUUCAUCCAUGUAUAUCUCACUACCGAAGAGAACAUGCUCCUAAUCGUUUGUAUCUACCUCAUAAUAUCACAAUUAGAAGUAUGCAUGCUGAUUACCUUCAGAAAUAUCCAAAAAAUAAAGUUAGCUAUUACACUUAUCGAAAAGUAAUGUCCGACAUGAACAUUAGUUUUACAAAACUAGGAAAUGAGGAGUGCGAUAACUGUAUGGUACACAUUCAGCACAUAAAAUCACAUAAUGAGGCAACAGUCAAAUCUGAAGAAUAUUUUGUUGAAAAUGCGGAAGGUCCUGAUGAAUAUCAAACAGAUCACAGAAUAAAUAUUACUGGUAGAAAUGCUGGUCCUGAAUUAAAUCUGUCGGCUCUUCAAUCUUCAACAACAAAAUUUCGAACUUCUUGUACACUAUGUAUGAAAUGCUUACGGCACGUUGAGAAUGCCAAAACAAAAAUAGUUGAGUAUAAAAAGGAUGUGGCACAGAAAAAGGAUGAAACCAAAGUAGGUAAACAGUAG